AUGCCAGAACUAGGAGAACUGAAUGAUACUGAGAUAACCGAAUUUGUCCUCAUCGGAUUCUCAGGGAAACCCAAGACAAGGAUGGGCUUAAUGAGCUUCCUGAUCUUAUCCUAUCUGGUGACAACAAUUGGAAAUGGACUCAUAAUCUUGGUAUUCAUAGCUGAGCCUCGGCUCCACAACCCAAUGUACUUUUUCCUUUGCAAUUUGUCCAUACUUGAUAUCUGUUAUACUACAACUUCAGUCCCUCAAGCUAUUGUCAACUGCUUGGUGGACAGACCCAUCAUGUCCUUUAACAUGUGCUAUCUUCAAAUGUACAUUGGCUUAUACCUAGGAUCAACAGAAUGUUUCCUGUUGGCUGUCAUGGCUUAUGACCGGUAUGUUGCCAUCUCUACUCCCUUGCGUUAUACGAUGAUCAUGAACUGGAAAGUGUGCACCGCACUGGCAGUUGUCUCAUGGGUGGGUGCCUUCAUGUUAUCUAUAGUUCCUUGUCUCGCUAACCCAGCACAUUUCUGUGGGCACAAUGAAGUGGAUCAGAUAACAUGUGAGCUCACAGCUCUCAUGAAAUUGGUUUGCUCGGAUGACACUGUGGGCCAACUUGUCAUGUAUUUUACAGGUAGCUUCACUCUUCUUGUCCCCUUCUCUUUUAUCCUCUUUUCCUAUUUAUGUAUUAUCGUGGCCAUUCUAAGGAUCCAUACAUCAGGUGGGAGGUGGAAAGCUUUCUCAACCUGUGGAUCACACUUGACUGUGGUUUGUAUCUACUAUGGAACAUGCAUAUCCACGUACCUGAAACCUCAGUCUAAGGUCACAAAAGAAAAAGACAAAAUUGUAAGUGUGAUUUAUGGAACCGUGGUCCCUCUGUUAAACCCUUUAAUCUACACAUUGAGAAACCAAGAGGUGAAAGGUGCUCUCAAAAGGCUGACUGGAAAGAAACUGAGAUCUUAG